AUGGAAGAAUAUGAACUGGUCAUCUCUGGCGCAGUCGGUGGAACCUGGGCCAAAGAGAGAUUAUACCCCGAUCUCAAGACCAACAACCUGAUCGGAAGCUACGAGCUCAGCGACUUUCCGAUGGAAUUAGAUCGCUUCCAGGUAUCAUCAGGCUCUCAUAACCCCAGGCGAAGUUGUUCAUCAAUACUUUGA